GUCCGGGUUGUUGCUCUCGGGUCCCACCACCGGGCCCUGCAGUCGCCGCGCGGGUCCCCCUCGGGGUAGCAGCGGCGGGCUCACCUGGAACUGAUGUUGGCCCCCUUCCAAGCACUCCCGAUGCCUCGUUUGCCUCUGGCCCCUCUUCGACCACCUUUCUGGGGACUAAGGGCCUCACGGGACUUCCAAAGGUCGCAGCCCCUGUCUACCAAGUCAGAACCCUCUGGGUCCCCCAGCUCCAGGAAGAACCGGGAAGCCAAGCAGAAGCGCCUGCGAGAGAAACAGGCGGCACUGGAAGCUGGGCUGUCCAGGGAAAGCAAGCCCCCUGCAGAAUCCAAUAAGGCCUGGACUCCCAAGGAGAUCGUAUUGUAUGAAAUUCCCACAGAAUAUGGUGAAAAGAAAGAUGUCGCCCAGCCUCUACCUCCUGCAUACAGUCCCCGCUAUGUUGAGGCGGCCUGGUACCCUUGGUGGGUACGAGAAGGCUUCUUCAAACCCGAGUAUCAGGCCAGAUUGCCCCAGGCCACCGGGGAGACCUUUUCUAUGUGUAUCCCACCUCCCAAUGUCACAGGCUCCCUGCACAUCGGACAUGCACUCACAGUGGCCAUACAGGACGCUCUCGUGCGAUGGCAUCGCAUGCGUGGGGAUCAGGUCCUGUGGGUCCCUGGCUCAGACCAUGCAGGAAUUGCUACCCAAGCAGUGGUUGAGAAAAAAUUGUGGAAGGAGAGAGGAGUCAGGAGACACGAGCUAAGCCGAGAAGACUUCCUUCAGGAGGUGUGGAAGUGGAAGGAAGAGAAAGGUGGAGAGAUCUGCAAGCAACUCCGUGCUCUGGGGGCCUCCCUUGACUGGGGCCGAGAGUGUUUCACUAUGGAUGCUGGCUCCUCAGCAGCAGUGACUGAAGCUUUCGUGCGACUCUAUGAGGCAGGGUUAUUGUAUCGGAGCCGGCAGCUUGUCAACUGGUCAUGUGCUUUAAGAUCAGCCAUUUCAGAUAUUGAGGUAGAGAACCGGCCUCUGUCAGGCCGCACAGAGCUCCGUGUGCCUGGCUGCCCCAGCCCUGUGACUUUUGGCCUCCUUUUUUCCGUGGCCUUUCCUGUGGAUGGAGAGCCUGACGCAGAGGUUGUGGUAGGAACCACAAGACCAGAGACAUUGCCUGGAGAUGUGGCUGUGGCUGUCCAUUCUGCUGAUACCCGUUACACGCAUCUACAUGGGCGACAACUUCGUCACCCUUUGACUGGACGGCUUCUCCCCCUCAUCACAGAUUCUUCUGUUCAGCCCCACCUGGGCACGGGGGCUGUGAAGGUGACUCCAGCUCACAGCCCUGCUGAUGCAGAGCUGGGAGCCCGCCACUGCUUGAACCCUCUGAGCAUCAUUUCAGAGGAUGGAACCAUGACCUCCCUCUGUGGGGACUGGCUACAGGGCCUUCACCGGUUUGUGGCCCGAGAAAAGAUUAUAUCUGCACUCAGGGAGCAGGGCUUGUACAGAGGUGUCCAGAACCACCCCAUGAUACUGCCCAUUUGCAGCCGUUCAGGGGACGUGGUGGAAUACCUACUGAAGAGCCAGUGGUUUGUGCGCUGCCAGGAAAUGGGGGCUCGUGCUGCCAAGGCUGUGGAGUCAGCGGACCUGGAGCUCAACCCACCCUUCCACCAGAAGAACUGGCAGCACUGGUUUUCCCACAUUGGGGAUUGGUGUGUCUCCCGGCAGUUAUGGUGGGGUCAUCAGAUUCCAGCCUACUUGGUGGUGCAGGAGCCCAUGGAGGGUGACAUGGAGGAGUGUUGGGUGGUUGGGAGGACAGAAGCUGAAGCCAGAGAAGUAGCUGCGGAGCUAACAGGAAGGCCAGCGGCAGAGCUAACACUGGAGAGAGACCCUGAUGUCCUGGACACCUGGUUCUCCUCUGCUCUUUUUCCCUUUUCUGCUUUGGGCUGGCCCCAAGAGACGCAAGACCUUUCUCGUUUCUACCCCUUGUCACUUUUGGAAACGGGCAGUGACCUCCUGUUCUUCUGGGUGGGCCGCAUGGUCAUGUUGGGGACCCAGCUCACUGGGCAGCUCCCCUUCAACAAGGUGCUUCUUCACUCCAUGGUUCGGGAUAGGCAGGGCCGGAAGAUGAGCAAGUCUCUGGGGAAUGUGUUGGACCCACGGGACAUCAUCAGUGGGGUGGAGCUACAGGUACUGCAGGGAAAGCUGCAGGAUGGGAACUUGGACCCUGUGGAAUUGGCGCUUGCAGCCACAGCACAGAGAAAGGAAUUUCCUCAAGGGAUACCUGAGUGCGGGACAGAUGCCCUGAGAUUUGCCCUGUGCUCCCAUGGAGCCCUUGGGGGCGACUUGCACCUGUCUGUCUCUGAGGUCCUCAGCUCUAGACAUUUCUGCAACAAGAUCUGGAAUGCACUGCGCUUUAUCCUCAAUGCCCUAGGGGAGAAAUUCGUGCCCCAGGCUUUAGAAGAGCUGGCCCCUUCGUCCCCCAUGGAUUCCUGGAUCCUGAGUCGCCUCGCACACACUGCCCUGGAAUGUGAGCGAGGCUUCCGCAGCCGGGAGCUGUCGCAUGUUACCCAUGCCUUGCACCACUUCUGGCUGCACAAUCUCUGUGAUGUCUACUUGGAAGCUGUGAAGCCAGAGCUGCUGCGUCGUCCCCGCCCUACAGAACCUCCCCAGGUCCUGUUCUCCUGCGCUGACAUUGCUCUGCGCCUUCUUUCCCCACUGAUGCCCUUCCUGACUGAAGAGCUCUGGCAAAGGCUGCCCCCCAGACCUGGUGGCUCCCCAGCCCCUAGCAUCUGUGUUGCUCCCUACCCUAGUGCCUCCAGUUUGGAGCACUUGCACCAGCCCAAGCUGGAAGGACACUUCUCCCGGGUUCAGGAGGCUGUGCAGGCACUGAGGGCCCUGCGAGCCACCUAUCAGCUCACCAAAGCCCGACCCCGAGUGCUGCUGCAGAGCUCUGAGCCUGGAGAGCAACACCUCUUCGAGACCUUCCUGGAGCCCAUGGCUACACUGGGGCACUGUGGGGCUGUGGGGUUCUUAGACCCUGGCAUAGCACCUCCUUCUGGCUGGGCCCAGACCCCACUCAGUGCUACUGCUCAGGCGUACAUGGAGCUGCAGGGCCUGGUAGAUCCCCAGACCCAUCUCCCUCUGCUGGCUGCCCGGAGACACAAAUUGCAGAAGCAGCUUGAUGGGCUCCUAGCCCGAAACCCAGCUGGGAAAGAGGCAGAGAUUCAGAGGCAGCAGAGGCUUUUUUCCCUGCAGUUGGAGCUGUUGAAGCUGGACCAGGCGGCCUUGCACCUACAGCAGCUGCUGGCUGUAUGUCCCAACUCCCAGGAGCCCUGAGUUUCAGCUGCCUGUUUUUCCCUGGUGUGAUCCUUCCUCCCAGGGCUUUGCAGACUCAAACUGGCAGCUGCCAGAUUCUAGGAUGCUUCAGCGUCCUUCCUUCCUCAUUUUGUAAAUGAGACAGACUGGCUGUGUCAUUGUGCCCUUGAGGACUGACGCCCUUGGGUGUUUCUGAGUGCAGGCAUUCCUGCCUUAGCCUCCCUCCUGCAGGUUUUGGAAGGAGGAGGAGACCAGAUGGCACAUCAGCACAAUAACCUUUUCUUCCUUUUUCCUUGGGUGAUUCUUUUACCUUAUUGCUGUUCCCCAAGACUAGAUCUGGGGGAGGUCUGCCUUUUAGCUACCUCUUGGCAUGUGGCUCUGGGCCACAGGGAGUGCGGGCUUUGGGGUGGGGAGCCUGCCCAUUAAGGACAGGAGUUGAGCAGGGCCCUGCCAGACACCAUGGCCAGAACUCAAGAACUGUGUGAAGAAUUCCCACACUACUUCAGAGACUGUCUCUGCAAGUUCUUUGUGUCAUAUCUCUUGUACCCAGGGCUAUCAAGAGGAAAAAGGACUUCCUUUAGGCCUGUGGGGUAUGGGAUGUGCUGAGGAUUGAGACUUUAACCCAAUAUACAUAUGAGAGCAGAUUUAGGGCCACACUGCCCAGCUGAGGGAGGUACCUACUCAACAACCAGCUGUUCGUUGAGACCUGUUUCCCUCAGCAGAAGAACCAGCCACUGGCUGGUACCAUUUGAAAAAUGUUAUGAGGUGGGUGUACUUCAGUUUGAGUAAAAGAAACAAUAAAAGAAUUGGUCCAAAGUGUGAUCUUGAACUCAAACCAAUAAAUUAGAGGAAGGUU